AUGUGGCAAAGCGGGGGCAUGGGGGCCCAUGCGGCCAACAAUCCGUGGAUGAAGCUCAUGGGAAUUGUGCACAAGGAGAGGAGACAUCACGACUCCGGGGGAGCUGGUGGCAGUGGACAAGCAUCCGGUGGGGCCAACGAACGGGGUCUCAAUCAAUCGCUGCCGAAACUCACUGGCCCAGACGAGGAAGGGCCAAACCCUCACACCCAAUACACAGGCGUCUCACAGUUCGAGCCAAUACCACACGAUCAUGACUUCUGUGAAAGGGUCGUCAUCAACGUGAGCGGGUUACGGUUUGAGACACAACUGCGUACGCUGAACCAGUUUCCGGACACGCUGCUUGGCGAUCCGGCAAGACGGAUACGUUACUUUGAUCCGUUACGCAACGAAUACUUCUUCGAUAGGAAUCGGCCCUCAUUCGAUGCAAUUCUGUAUUACUAUCAGAGUGGUGGACGUCUACGACGACCAGUUAACGUUCCCCUCGAUGUGUUCUCCGAAGAGAUCAAGUUUUACGAGCUGGGCGAAUUGGCAACCAACAAAUUCAGGGAGGACGAGGGAUUUAUCAAGGAGGAGGAGAAGCCACUGCCGUCGCACGAGCUUCAGAGAAAAGUUUGGCUACUAUUCGAAUAUCCGGAGAGUUCACAGGGGGCUAGAGUCGUUGCUAUUAUCUCCGUAUUCGUGAUCCUAUUAUCAAUCGUAAUAUUCUGUCUUGAGACACUACCCGAGUUUAAGCAUUACAAAGUGUUCAACACUACGACUAAUGGCACAAAAAUUGAAGAGGACGAAGUGCCGGAUAUCACGGAUCCGUUCUUCCUAAUAGAGACUAUUUGUAUCAUCUGGUUCACGUUUGAGUUAUCGGUGCGCUUCCUCGCCUGCCCAAAUAAACUUAAUUUCUUCCGUGACCUUAUGAAUGUCAUCGACAUCAUCGCGAUCAUUCCUUACUUCAUCACACUGGGCACGGUUAUUGCCGGAAAGGAGCAUGAGAUGAAUUUGCCAAAGGCACCAGUCAGUCCACAGGACAAGAGCACCAAUCAGGCAAUGUCCCUUGCGAUACUUAGGGUCAUAAGGCUUGUGAGGGUAUUUCGAAUAUUUAAGUUGUCCAGGCACAGUAAAGGCCUUCAGAUACUUGGGCGAACGUUGAAGGCCUCCAUGCGUGAGCUCGGGCUUCUCAUCUUUUUCCUCUUCAUCGGUGUGGUGCUAUUCUCCUCGGCAGUAUACUUCGCGGAGGCCGGCUCCGAGAAUUCGUUCUUCAAGUCCAUUCCGGACGCGUUCUGGUGGGCCGUUGUCACGAUGACUACCGUGGGCUAUGGUGACAUGACGCCCGUCGGUGUCUGGGGGAAGAUCGUCGGUUCACUCUGUGCAAUUGCUGGUGUCCUGACGAUUGCCCUGCCAGUUCCAGUUAUCGUCUCAAAUUUCAAUUACUUCUAUCACCGUGAGACUGACCAGGAAGAGAUGCAGUCGCAGAACUUCAAUCAUGUGACCAGCUGUCCGUAUCUCCCUGGCACAAUAGAAUUGUUUCGCAUAGGUCAACACAAAAAGAGCUCGAUGUCGGAGUCGUCGUCAAUAAUUGAGCUUGAGGAUGGUAUUUUGUUAACCCAGCAGGAUGUUGCUAAAAAGCCAAACUGCAAUAAUCCCCGUUACAAUAACAACAUUGCAAGCAUUGAGACUGACGUCUGACUACUAGUGAAGGAGACGGUGGCAGCGUGGCGGCCAUUGAAGAAACACAUAAUGAAGAGCAUCAGCUCCCUCCGGUACCUGAUAUAAGGUCCUCCCAAUGGCACCUGCGACAGUGACUACGACGAAAAAAAAAUAUAACAACCAGAACCACACGUCCAACAUAAAAAAAAACACAAUAUGAAAUACACACACAUUGCCAGUUCGUGUUACUGAAACGUCGUGGUACAAUCUUCAGCCUUCGAAUGCAGCUCGAUGGUGUUUUGCAUUGUGCAAUAACCGAGAGACAUUGAGGGACCGAGAAAUUAUCAACUUUUGGUACCAAAAAUGCAAUCAAUCCAACGUAGGGAACUAAGGAAAAUAAUAAAUUGAGGAAUGCGUGUGGAUGACACAUUGUUAUACAGUGUGCAAACAAGCAAGACAAUUGCUGUUUUCUCGCCCCACCACCACCGACUCCAGUGUUCAAAAUAUCUAAUCUCCGUUAGCGCCGUAAUGAAAAUUUAACAAAAUAUCCCAUCGACGAAUUAAAGAGUUGAGGACUGAGGGAAGUGCCAGGAGAAUAACAAAAUGGAUAAACCACGGAUGAGUAAAGGGGAAAAUCUAGGGAAAUUACUUAAUAAUAAGGUCAAUAAGAGAAUUGGAAGGAGGGGAGAGGGGCAGGUGGGAGCCCCGGCGGGCCGCGAGGAUCAUACAAGAUAAUACUCAUUAUUGUAAUUAAUAAUUAAUGGAGAUAACAACAAAACGAUUAUGUAAGGACGAAAAAAAAAGAUGUUUUACGAAAACGAUAUUAAACAAAAUAAAAAAUAAAGACUACAGACGCGAGGAUGGGCGGCGCCUUGCAAUGGUGAAAAAGAAAUAUAUAAAAUUAUAAGGAUACUAAAGAAAAUUUAAAUUAAAUAAAGACAAAUUUUUUUAACGGUCGUUUUUACGAGAAUUAAUCGACGCUUCGGCGCGUCUUAAAUGUCGCAUUAAGUCCUGCAUAUAUAUAAAUAUACGUGAACAAGGGUAUAUUCAUAUAUAUAUUAUCUAUAUAUAAUUUGUUGGAUGUGCGUGUAUGUAUGUUUUAUUCAAUUCAAAGAGAAUAAUAAUCGGGUAACGUCGGGUACAUGCGCGCACAACCAUGGACAGUGGGGCCGCGGCUCGAGGAUGGUACCGUGGAAAUACAUGUAAGGAUUUAUUAAGCAAUGGAAAUAGCAUGUAAUAAACACGCAUGAAAAUAAUUAAUCUGAAAAUCCAACACUCAGAGAUAUUCAAUGUCCUAAAGAAAUUUUUUCAUCCGUGAAAUCACAAAACCAUGAACAAUUACCGAAAGAACCGCGUGACGAGAUCUUGUCACUCAUUAUUUAUUAUUUUUCAUCGAGAGCACCCGAACUCAUUCCCGCGGGUGUCGCCGUACGUUGCACCAGGGGUAGAGGGUUUAAAAAAUGUCUUCGAGUUAUCUGAUUACGUGACGAUUGGUUCAGAGCAGGAAGCGCUAGAUUUAAAAAAAAAAUGGGGGAAAAAUUUUCGGCUAGAAGCGAUACUCACGUGAGAUAGAGAAACAGGUUGCACGAAUAAUUUUUUAAACAAAGUGGAAAAUGUCGUGGGCACGACUGUUCCAUCCUCCAUCCCGUAUGUCCCGGUGUUCCAGUUUCAGUUUUUCAAGUCUAUCUGAAAUUCGAGUGCGUCCACAAGGAUGGCAUCCACUAUUAUUUUUGAAACGAUAAAUUCUAUUGGGUCGUGUCAGGGGAAUUUCAGUAUCUCAGGACACGAUGGGACAAAACGAUCGUCUUCCCUGUCGUUCUAAUCACACCUCUAACAUCUGAUAUUUUUUUCUACCCCUUACCUUUUUCCCUAACUACUCAAAAUUUCACGAACAAUUCGUUACUCUGCCGCGAUAAAAUCUUCUCUGGUUUUAAUUUUUUGUCCGACAAUCGAUGCACUGCGACGUGUCAUUCUCAUGGCGACCAAUCUAGAGUCAAACCUCCCCACAAUUUUUCAUAAAUAAACUCAUUAUUUUGGCAAUGAAAAAGGGUUGAAAUGAGAGUUUGGAAUUGAAACGCGAAGCGUAGCCAAUCCUUCCUGCCGAUUCCAUAUUGUACCAGCUAGCGUCUACUUUUCAAAGAUGAGAACAACUGUAAUUACUCUACUUAGCCGUAAAAUAAUAUUUCACCGUCUGUGUAAACAAACGUAUUGUACAGUAUGCUUUUUUUUUCUUCCAGCGAGUCUGGUGACUGCCUAUCCUACUUCUCAUAGUUAUUUAAUUGAUAUUUAAAACAAGUGGUUGAGAUGAUUCUUGAGGCCCGGAUUUAACGGGAUAAUCACCACUGAAAGAUGAUAAAAAUUUAUCCAUCCAUAUACCGUCACACUGGUUGAGAGGUCUAAAAUUUCGUACACGUGUUCAUUGUAAAAAUGAUUGAGUUAUUCUCGCAAUUAAAACAUUUCUUUAAGUAUUCGUAUUUGUCCCCCCCUGCGACGGGCAAAUUUUGACGAUAACAAGCUCUAAAAUUAUUUUAUAAAACAGGGUGAAAGUGCACUAGCUUAAAUUUUCCUCGGAAUUAGCGUAAUUAUGUUAAUUGAUGAGAGUAACGACCACUCGAUAAUUAUUUUAGAGACCUCUGGCCGUUCCAAUAUUUCGAUCUACCCCCAAUAUUUUAACCGAUGAUAAACACCCGCUCAGCCGCGAGCUAAUUAAAUAAAAACCAUUUUAUCGAUGAAAAAGUCUGGCAAAAAUGUCUCGAUCGAAUUCCUAGGAUAUAUGUUGAAACGAGCCCUAGGUGUAAAUUUGCAUUAAUAGCCGUAAUGGAUAGGCUAGUAUAAUAGAAACAAUUUUUGGGAAUAAAUUAUUAUUAAGAAUGAGAAUACAUGAUCAUUACGACUCGAAGUUGUCAUUAUAUCAUUACGGUUAAUAUCAUUAGAAUGCGAAAUUUUUUGGCUAUUUGUUUUUUAUUUAUUGUUGUUGAUAAAUUACGUUUCAAUCGAUAAUUAUGAUAGGUUGGCGAAUGGUUCGAGUAGAUAGAGACGAACGGGACUGGAGAUUAAAAAUUUAAGAUUAAAAAUCAUUCAAGCCAAAAUUAUUCUAUUUUUCGGUGGACAGGUAUCAGAUGGUACAAGAGCGUCACACACACGAGACACAAAUCACCACCACAUAUGAACCGUAAUAGUGAAUAAAAAAAUUACAGAGGUGCAGAUAAAUUAAUCGAGACAAUUGAAUUCCCUAUGAAUUUUUUUCACUCUCAAAUGGUCAUUUCUCAUCGCCUAAGCAUAGGAGUAAAUUUUAUCAAAAAAAAAAAAAACAUCCAAUUUUAAUAGCGAAGAGAGAGAUAUAAAAAAUUAAAUAAAUAAUGACUCUAGAGAUGAAAAGAAAACAAUAAUUACACGAUUUACGUUAUGCUUUUAAUACAAUGAUGACAAAUAUUUGAAUUUCUCGCCUUGCUGAUUUAGUGGAAAGUACGAUGCGUCAAGAAAACAGUCUAGCUUAUUUAAUGAUGAAAAAAUUGAUGAAAAACAAGUAUUCUAUAAAAUGAUAAAAUUUACUACUGCUAAUAUACUAUUAUACUACUGCAAAACUUAUUAAUAUUAACUAUUACCAACUAACAAGGUGAAAAAUAUGGUAAAAUCGAUACAUACCAGACUACUCUGAUAGACAGUGUGGUACUAGAUUACCCAACAAGUGAAGAAUAGUCGAGUAAUUAAAUAGCCGUGUAAUUACAGCGAAUUAAAAAAAAAAUUCUGUGUCGAUUGAGGCGAGAGACGAGAAUAACGUUUAUCUAAAUACGGGAGGCAUGACAAUAGGGAAAUUCUCUUGAUUUUCACCCCCCGCUGUUUCAUUUUUUUAUUAAUCAUCCCGCAUUUAUACGGUUCAUUGACACUCCGUGAAAAUAAUCCCCGGGAUUGUUCUCAUUUUAUUAUUUAUCGACGAGUGAAAUUAAUCAGUGGUAAUUGGAUAUGAAAGAAACGCCAAAAUGUGUUUAAUUUAUCGACGAGAAAGUGCCCGCGAAUCCAUUGGACUUCCAUAAUUUAUUCGCUCGACUGUUAGACAUCACGCAAUUUUUAUCAACUCCACGCAAUUUAUUCACUGAUUUAUUAUCAACACACACUUUGAUAUGACACAUGGAGAUCGAUUAAUUACCAAUCGAAGAGUUAAAUGCGUCAAUGUGGGAUUUUUUCGGGCGAAUGAUUUUAUUACUGAACCAGGUGAUCUCGGUUAUCAAUAAAUUUAGAUGAAAAUAUCAUUCAGGCGAUUCGAUUUUCAAUAAUAUUCAGUUGGUGCAAAGCUCGGUGGAAUAAACUCAUGGCACUGUCAUCCGGCGAAAAAAAUUAUUAGCUGUAUCGAGGGUAAAUGACAUUUAGGCUUCUGGAUCUGUUGAAAAAAUUCAGUAACGAGGGGUUAAUUAAACAGGAGUAAUAAAUUAAAGUCGCUGAUAGCAUAAACGAGAGAAUACACCGAAGAGUAGAGUUUAAUCAGGCUGGCGUAGAGGCUAACGAGAAAUUAUGAAAAAUUCAUUGAAAACAAGAAAAAAACACUAGUGCCGGUGCCGUUGCACAUCCCUUAUUGGCAACAGAGCUUCUUCCUUUAUUCAAUUUAGAGUUAACAAGGAAAGAAAUUCGAUUUACACUGGGUUCAAAAAAUUUGAAUGGAUUUUCCAGUUUUUCGCCUUGAAAUAUUCAUUUUAUUCACGUCAACUUUUCACGCGUUGAAUUCUAUUUGAAUGACGUGUUGAAUUUAAAAGAUAAAUUAACAAUGAAUUGUUUUCACUGAAAAAGGGGUGAUGGUAGAUUAUUUACAAAAUUUAUUAUGAUUUUACCGGAAAUUCAUCAAUUUUUUUGACGAGUGGAACUUCAUUUCUUGUGAUGAACAAGCAUAUCAAGCUUCUAGCGGAAAUAUCACAAAAUUUUUGUAAACUAUUCCAUAUAGUGAUACACAAAUAUGAAGAAUGAAUUAAUAGUAUUUGAUCGAAUUGGUGUGAAUUUGCAAUAGGGAAUGUUCGAAUGGCACCUGACGAGACACGAGAGGUGUGAGACAACGUGUGCGACCGCUCGUGGAUCGAGCUGACCGCUUUCAAGUGAUAUAUUUAGAUAUUAAACGAAUAAAAAAAAAGCCGUUUCAGAACUAAAAAACCAAAAAAUAUUGAAUUUAAUGUAACCAUUGAAAAAAAAAAAUUAACAUUUGUUAUUAUUGAAGUUUUCAAUAAUUUGAGCCACAUUGAACGAUAAGUAUUACUUAUAAAUGAUAAGUAAAUCUAAAAAAUAUAUAGAACAUAUAGAUAUACUAUAUAUAUAUCUGUAUGAUGGUAAUGUACAUAUAAAUAUGUAUAUAGUAUAAAACGACGUCGAACGGUGAAGAUGAACGUUAAAUAUCCGCUCACACUAAAUGACGAGGAAAAUUAAUUAUUAAUUAAUAAUGACAAAUGAAAAUCAUUCAUUACCAGAGUAAAUGGGAGAAAAUACUAUUGUUACUAUGUACAUGGAUGAGUUUGACUACGAUUAAGCUACUCUGUAGGCAUAGAAAACCAAAAAUCAUGGAAAAAGAAAAUAGCAUGAGAAAAUAAAAAAUUUGUAUAAGGGCUGCACGUGGUGUGGACUCUCGCGCUACUUUAGCCAAUCGGAAUUCGUUUCAUUAAUUAUUAAUUAAUUCAUCGAUGAAAAUAAAAAAAAAACCAAAAACUUAUUUAUAUAGUGUUGAGCACUGUUUUAAGUGCUUUUCAUUUUUUGGCUGUGUGAAGCUUCAAACUAAAUGAAUAAAAAAAAAAACAAAUAAACGAAGAAAAAAAAGCAAAAAACAUUAUCAAUUAUUAUUGGCUUUGCAUAAAAUUCACUCUCGAAAUUUUUCCGAUAAACAAAUAUGGCAAAAAUGUGGAAAAUAAUUGAAACAAAACGUCGCGUUUUAGGUAACGGUAUUAGAUGAAAAAGUAUUUUAAAACUAAACGAAUCAAUAAAUAAUGAAAAUCUUCGUAGUGAAGAGAAUGAGAACGAGGUAAAAAAUUUUAAUGAUAAAAUAACGUAAAUAAAGAGAAUUUUAACAAAAUGAAUAUCAGCUCCGUAAUUUCUUCAAUAUGUUAAAAUUAUUCCGCAUCUCCGUUUGUACGCAUUUUAGAAGAAAAUUAUUGAAUUGAAAGAAAAAUGAAAAAAAAAAACGCAAGAGAAUACUCCAGAUCUACUAUGUAACUUACAUAACGGUACUAGCUCAGAUAAACAUCCUGCCGAGUUGCCCCGAGUUAUGCUAAGCGCCACCUGGCCCGUAUACAUUAUUUUAAACCAAAUGAUGAUGAAAAAAAAAAAUAACACAACCAUUGAAUAAUUAAAAUAAAAAUGAAAUGAAUAAAAAAAUUACAUUAAGCAUCACGCUCAUCAUUAUAGUAAAUGGGAUACGAUAAUUAAUACAUAGCUCUAUUUUUUCGCCCGACGAAAUAAUAAUAAUCUAUAUGUAAAAAGGCUAAUUUUUUAAGAACAUCAAGCUAAAAAAAAAAACUGAAUUUUCAUCUCUGGCAGCAAUGAAUGCUUUGUAAAUACCUGGUUAUUAUUAUAAACUAUUUUAAACGGUAGGAUGAUGGAAAUAUUCAUGAAAUUAAUGGCACCAGAACGAAGUUACCGAAUUACGAAGGAUUUCAUCACGAAAAAUCUAUUAAAAAGCGCAAAGUAAAGAUUUUAAAAAAUAACCAAAAAAACGUCGGCCGAUUGAAUUUUAAUAUUCCGUGAAUUUUUAAGUAAAAUUUUAUGAUAAUGAAUAUUGAUAAUUGUAAUUCCCACGACCGAGCCACGAUGAGAAAAUUGAAUAAAAUUAAUGGAAGAUGAGAUAAAUCAAUUUUAUGCAUCGUUUGCGGAAUAAAUUUGGGUAUUCAGUGCCUUGCAGGGAGUCAUUGCAAUUUAACCUUAAUUAGUCUCACUUGGGUCUUCCAUCGACUUGUCUGUCGAUUCCAUAAGCAAGUCACUGUUCUCCCUUGUUUAUAAUUCCGCAGUCAUGCCCAAGGUCUUCGCUUCCUUUCAUAAGAAAUAGUUAACAAUUCAAUAAAAAAAAAAAAAACGUCUUAUCAGUACCACGAGAAUUUGCACUUUCAUUUUCAAUGCAUAGACAUAUUUUCUAUUCGCGAUGAUAAAGGAGAGGGAUUGGAUGAGAAUUAUUUUAAUGGAAGCGAAUGCCAAUAGGACGAUGGCUCGUCGUGAGGCCAGCCCGGGCUCCCUUAAUAAAAAAAUUACAAAAAACCAUAAAAUAAUGAAGAAAACAUGGACGAUUAUGUGAUAAGUAUGUUAAAAAUUUGGGUUCACUGCUGAUUGAUAAAACCCACUUGUCUUACUUUUCCUAUUUUUUCAAAUGCUCUAAUAAAUUAUUGAAAAUGAUAAAUACGCAAUUGAACCGGGUACCAAGGCACUCAGGGCAACAAUAUUAUUCUUUAUUAUUCAUUUACCCAAUUGUCUAGCAUUACGUUAUGUUUUGAAAACGUCGAGGAAAAAUGAUGGAACGGUGAAACACGCAACGUAACAACCAAAAUUACAGAAAUUUAUGCAUAUUUUCAGAUGCAGAAAUAGAAGUUACUGUAUAUUAAAUGUACGCCCAUUCAGGUGAUACACAUAAUCUACAUUAAAAAAAAAAACAUAUAUAAAUUCAUAAGGUACUUGUUUUCCCAUUCAUGAGUACCUCGUGCGUGGGCAUGUCCUGUCAGUAUUAAAAAACAAAUCCACAUAUUUAAAAAAAUAUGGAAUCAAUAUAGACGUAAAUAUCGUAAAGGAAUGGUAAAAAAAAAGUACUUUGGAACGUAGUUAGUAUCUAAGAUUGCAAUAAUCGUAUGACCCAUCCUCGAAUGAUGCGAGAAGAAAGAAAUAUGGGACGAGCUAUUAUUUUCAACCAAUUAUUUCGACUACCUAAUUAUCCAAUUACCUAGAAACUUCAUUCCGCUUUAAUUAUCAUUUGUUUUUACUUUUUAUCGAAGGCGCAGUGUCGCUGUAAAUAGAUUUAAAUAAACAAUAAAUGGCGCUGUUGGGACAUACCCGCGUGUUAGAGUUAAUGUAUAUAGAAUGAAUAAAGAAGGCAAACCAAGAAUUUAAAGUAAAAAUUAUUAUUGUAGUAAAUGGGAGCCCGUUUGACGUUGAAAGUAAUCAAUGAGAGAGAUAAAGUGAGUGUGAGAGCGAGAGUUGUACGAGUGAUCGAGAGAUUCUGCUUUAAGAUGAAUAUAAUUAAGCAGUAAUCGAGCAUUUCCAAUAAUACCAACACCAAUAAAUACUCCUAAUGAUGAAAAAUUAAACGUAAAAAAUUGACUAAAUGUUACUUAAUGAGAUGAGAAAAACAUUGCAUACAUAGUGAGCAUGCAUUAUCAUUUAACUAAACACCCGUAAAAUGAAAAGAAAUAAUAAUAAUUCGGAAAAACAAAAAACAUUACUCUCUAUGACUAAUUCAGAUAUCAGUUUAAAUGAAAAGAAAUCAUUACUACUUAUUAAUUACUAAUUAGCAAGAUACCUUAAGGGUCAGUCAUAAUGGUAAACCAUAUAGUCUAUUUGUUAAUGUUUCAGAUAUUUUAUUAAAUGUUGAUAUAAUGUAUUGACGACAUUCCUUGUUUGUGGCAAAUCUCCCUCGCAUUAAAAUGAGAACAUAGAAAAAUCUUUGCCCUCCCCCCCGAAAAAAAAAAAAUGCUCCACCUGUCUAAGCUGAUAAUCGUAAAAAAGAAGAAUUAAUUGAUCGGUCAAUAAAAUCAAUAAUCGUACCCCCCCCAAAAAAAAUCAAUAAAUAUUUACAAAAAUAUAAUGCCUUCGUACAAUCGAAGCUGGCAAUCUGCGCCGAGUUUGCGCCAAAAAUUUAAUUCGUAACAAAAAAUAAGAAAGGAAUAUUGAAACUGAUUUUAUUAUGAGAAUAAAUCGCCGUUACGCUUGUCAACGACUAUUAUCGGAGAAGAAAUAAAUUUAUAUUAAUUUAAACAAAGUAAUCGUAAACUGUCAAAUUUGACUGACCGAGCGACCACCCAGUGACGUAACAGCGUCAUGAAAAGAAUUUAUAUAAUUCUAGGGAAAAACAUUUUUAUUGUAAAACACGAAAUGAAGAUAUUUAUAUUGUGCGAAUACACGAUAUACUAUGCGAAUUUAACGAAAGCUAUUGUUCUUAUUUUCCUUGUUGAUUUAUUGUCUCAAUUACUCCUCUUUUUUUAUCGUCAAAUUUUUCCAUACGUUUGUACUUACAGAUGAAAAUGAGAAUCUGAAUAAGUGGCUCGUACAGGUUGCAAUGUUUUUAUCCAUAAAUAAACAAUUCCUAAAAAAUUGAAUAUUCAUUCAGGGUCAAUUUAACAUGGGGCAUCGCAAAUCGUAAUAUCACACCACGAGGACAAUACAUGUGACAAGAUAAAUGUACCGACGCGAUCAAUAGUGUCAAAAUCAUUGAUGAUUGAAUUGGUGAUGAAUUCAAGAGAUGAAUUUUCGAAAACUGUCAACAUUGCACAAAAAAAAAAAAUAAACAAUACAGCUAUUGUAUCGUGUGAAAGUCUUAUCCCCUGUUCAGUGUCGCAAGAACCAAAGUAUUAAUUCAAUUAAUAAAAAUUUUCAAGUGGAAUAUACAAGAGAUACGUGAAAAUAGGAGUUGACAUGCGCUUAAACAAAUAAUCAUCGUAAAAUAGACGUUCUUCUGCAAUCACCACGGGAAAAUAAAUAAAUUAAAACGAUAAAAUGAAAGGUAAAAAACCUGGAAAAAGUUAAUGUGAAAAAAUAUAACUGUCGCGAGAGCAUCGACGAUUUGUAAUAUUUUAUAAAUAAAAUUGGCAUAUCAAUUUUUAAUCGAACAAUUUCACUCUGAACAGAAAAUAACAAACUGACGAGAUAACAAAAUAAAGGAUAUGAAAUGAAUAAAUUGUCAUUCUCAUAAAACGCUCUGCUGGUUUGGAGCUGUAGUCAUAUCGUUAGAGCAUAAGUCUGUAUGUGACGAUGUUAAUUAUUGUAAGAUAAAAAAAAAUUAAUAAGUAGGAGCGUAUCAAACUAUUUGUCUGGUAUUACUGGGCAUGCUUCAAUAGAUUUUUUAUAAACAAGGUUCGUUCGACAAGAUGAAGAAAAAAAAACAAAAAAAAAUGAUGAGCAUUUCUUUCUCAUAAUUUUUUCAGAUAAGAAAAAACAUUUGUUUGCAACGAAUUUUAAAACUCGAUGAAAAACCAAAAAAAGAGCAAGUGAAGGAUGUGAAAUGAGAGAAAAAAUAACAAUCGCACCUCGACGA